AUGAAUUUUUUCAAUUAUCAGUAUCUUGGUCGAAAACAUCUACAAGGUCUCAAUGAAUAUAAAUAUAAUGCAAUUGAUACAUCGCCUAUAUCACUUUAUAUCAUGCAACCUUUUUGGAAUAAGUGUGUUGAGUUUUUUCCACGAUGGUUUGCACCAAAUUUAAUGACGUUUCUUGGUUUUCUUCUUCUCGUUUUUAAUUUUCUUAUAUUUUCAUAUUACGAUUUCGAUUUUACGGAAUCACUUGCUCUGCCAAAUUGGAUAUGGCUUGUAGCAGCAAUUUGCCAAUUUUGUUCACAUCAGUUAGAUGGUAUGGAUGGAAAACAAGCUCGACGUACAAAAUCUAGUAGUGCAUUAGGAGAAUUAUUUGAUCAUGGUGUUGAUUCAUGGGCUUGUUUUUUAUUUCCUGUUAGUAUUUUUUCUGCAAUAUCACAAGAUGAAUAUGGAUUUACACCAAUGGCUAUGCAUUUUCUUCUUUGGACUAUUUAUGCAUCAUUUAUUGAUUCACAUUGGGAGAAAUAUAAUACAAAGAUUUUAUAUUUACCAUGGUCGUAUGAUAUAUCAAUGCUGUUUAUGACAAUAACAUAUUUAUUGGCAUACAUUUUUACGCCAACAGUUUUCCGUUUUGAUAUUCCAAUUUUGAAUGUUCCAUUUUCGAAACUCAUAUUAUUUGUUUGGCCAGUAUUUGCAAUAGGUACAUCAAUACCGAUAAGUAUUAAACAUAUCCAAGCGUAA